AUGGAGAUUUUGGGGGUUUUGAAAAUUUUCUUGAUUUUCACCAUCUUUUUCUUGAUCGGAGAUCCAUUUUUCUCUCUGUCAUCUUCUUUGCCCGAGAGACUCGCGAAGUCUGCAGCUGCACACCGUAAUUUCACGGCCAUAUCAGAGUUUCGAGUACUCAAUAGAAAACAUUUUAAUGAUUGCCCCGACGUGAACCCUCAUCUGCAAAUGACUACAAGCUCCAUUGCCAAGCUUUCUGAUGAUGGAUAUAUUACAGUAAAUGUUACAGGAGUUUUACAUCCUUCGACUGAUGAAUGGGUUGCAAUGAUUUCACCUUCUCAUGCCACUGUAACAGCCUGCUUAGAAAAGUACAUUCUUUACUUGGAGACAGGAGAUUUGAGUAGGCUUCCGCUUCUCUGCCAUUAUCCUGUUAAGGCUCAACGUUUAAGAAGCGAUCCAGAUUACUUGAGUUGCAAGAAGAAGGAAUGCAGUAAAAAAGUGAAUGGAAAAUGCGCGUUGAGAACAUGUGGUGCUUCUUUGUCAUUUCAUGUCAUUAAUAUUCGAACCGAUAUCGAAUUUGUGCUGUUUGCUGGUGGAUUUGUUACGCCUUGCAUUUUGAGAAGGUCACAGCCACUCACUUUUGCCAAUCCAAACCAGCCUUUAUAUGGACAUAUAUCGAGUACCGAUUCAACGGCAAAAUCGAUGAGAGUAACGUGGGUGAGUGGUAGUCAACGGCCUCAACAAGUUCAAUAUGGAAAUGGAAAAUCAGCUACUUCACUUGUUUCUACUUUUUCACAAACUGAUAUGUGCAACUCUUCCCACUUGCAAAGUCCUGCCAAGGAUUUUGGGUGGCAUGACCCUGGCUACAUUCAUUCAGCAGUAAUGACAGGACUCAACCCUUCAACCAAGUACACCUACAGAUAUGGAAGUGAUCCAAGUGGAUGGAGUAAUUGGACUACAUUCAAGACACCACCUGCUGCUGGAUCAGAUGAGCUUAAAUUUCUUGCAUUUGGAGACAUGGGCAAGGCCCCUCGUGAUGGUUCUACUGAACACUAUAUACAGCCAGGAUCACUAUCAGUCAUCGAAGCUAUGGCCAACGAACUAUCCUCCGGUGGUGUCGACUCGAUAUAUCAUAUUGGAGACAUAAGCUAUGCCACAGGUUUUCUGGUAGAAUGGGACUUUUUCCUUCACCAAAUCAACCCAGUGGCCUCUAAAGUUUCUUACAUGACUGCAAUUGGAAACCAUGAGAGGGAUUUUCAAGACUCGGGAUCGGUUUAUUCUACUCCGGACUCCGGCGGUGAGUGUGGGGUACCUUAUGAGACAUAUUUUCCAAUGCCAGCAGCUGCAAAGGAUAAGCCAUGGUAUUCUAUAGAACAAGGGAGUGUUCACUUUACAAUAAUUUCAACGGAGCAUAAUUGGACAUGGAAGUCGGAACAGUAUGAAUGGAUGAAGAAGGACAUGGCUUCAGUUGAUCGAUCAAGGACUCCAUGGUUAAUAUUCAUGGGGCACAGGCCCAUGUAUUCCUCCAACGAUGGAAACUUUAUUUUGCCAACUGUCGACUACAAAUUCGCUACAGUCGUGGAGCCAUUGCUACAAGCCAAUAAGGUUGAUCUUGUCCUGGUUGGGCACGUUCACAACUAUGAAAGAACGUGUGCCGUUUAUCGGCAACAAUGCAAAUCAAUGCCUAAGAAAGAUGGAAAUGGAAUUGAUACAUAUGAUAAUACAAAGUUUAGUGCACCAGUUCAUGCUGUCAUUGGAAUGGCUGGCUUUAGCUUGGAUAAGGUCUCCAUUAUGGGAAAUCCAUGGAGUUUGGUCAGGAUUUCCAAGUUUGGAUACACAAGAGUGCAUGCAACAAAGAAAGAGCUAAAAGUUGAGUACGUAAAUUCAAACACAAGAAAGGUUGAAGAUAGCUUCCGAAUCAUCAAAAGUUGA